UCCAACCACCUGCUGAUAAACCGUGUCAUGAUGCAACGUCUCAGCCUCCUCAUCUUGGCCGCCUGCCUCUCCCUGGCGAUGACAACAAGCAUCCGUACAACGGAGAAGCCCUGUGAGAACUAUUGUGAGAUCGAAGGCCAAAAUAACCAAUACGAAUGCUGCGACCGAAACCCGGGACGGUGCCUGGACAUUCAAGCGACCAUUUGCCCUCAUUUACACCUCGAGUCCUGCCGGUACGACACCCACUGCGAAAAGCACGAGAAAUGCUGCAAACUGACUUGCCUGCCCUUCAAGGUGUGCAGGCGCGCCGUCGAGGUGUGGCGAGGAAUCGUUGCUUAAAAGGGUCUCGUCAGAGAGCAGGACAGGCAGAACGGAAGGAAGAGAGAGACAGGGACAGACGGCAGACAGACGACAGUCUCGCUCGUCACCGCUCCGCCCUGGGCACCAGGGGCACGGGUCUCUCGUGGGGUUUCACACA